GAUCAGAUUGCUGUUGUGAAAGGCAAAUAACGUGUUUUGAUUGGCUGGUGCGUGAGCCUUUCAAAUGUGUAUUCUGGAUAGUCACGGUGUUGUUCGACGCGUGUAAAACAUGGCAGGGGACACUGUGGAUCUCCAAUCUUUAAAGCAGGAUUUGGAAUCAUACAAAGCAAAUGGCGAUCAAAAAUUCCUUAUUAUUAUGGGAUGCCUUGUUUUCUUUAUGCAAUGUGGAUUUGCGUUUCUGGAAGCAGGAUCUGUGCGUGCUAAGAACACCACCAACAUCCUAAUAAAGAACGUCCUUGAUGUUUUCAUCGGGGCUUUGGGAUACUGGCUCUUCGGCUAUGCAUUCGCAUUCGGUGCUAAAAGUAAUUCAUUUAUUGGGCAGUGGAAUUUCGCGCUGUCUUAUCUACCAACAAGCGAGUAUUCAACUUGGUUCUUCCAAUUUGUCUUUGCUGCGACCGCAGCUACUAUUGUCAGCGGUGCUAUGGCUGAGAGAACAGAGUUUAAUACCUAUUUGAUCUACUCUAUUUUCCUGACGGGAUUCAUCUACCCUGUGGUAUCACACUGGGGAUGGCAUGACAAUGGAUGGCUUAAAAAAGGUGUCUAUUACACCGAUGGCAACAUAACACAGCAUGUUUAUUAUCAGGAUUUUGCGGGCAGCGGUAUUGUUCAUGUUCUUGGAGGAACAUGCGCACUGGUUGGCGCCGCCAUAGUCGGACCCAGGAUUGGCCGUUUUGUAAAUGGAGAGCCCGUUACAAUCCCUGGUCACACAGUGCCGAUGACCGCCUUGGGUGGUUUCAUCCUGUUCAUGGGGUUUCUCGCCUUCAAUGGCGGCUCACAAGGUUCGAUAUCUAAUCCUGGAGAUGCAGAAACUGUUGCUGCGGCGGUUGUCAAUACGUUCAUUUCUGGGGCUGCUGGGGCUUUAACCGCGUUGUUCAUCAAGAGGAUAAUCCCGGGUGCGGGAAGAAACUGGAGUCUGCUGACCACUAUUAAUGGUGGGCUCACUGGAAUGGUCGCCAUCUGCGCCGGAUGUGAUGUCGUUUACCCCUACGGCGCGUUUGUAAUCGGUAUACUCGCUGGUGUGACGUACAUCCUGUGGAGUGGCGCGUUGUUAAAGAUGAAGAUUGACGACCCCCUAGACUCCGCGCCAGUGCACAUGGGAGGAGGCACAUGGGGGCUGCUUGCCGCUCCCUUGUUCAACCCCAAAACCGGAGUUCUGUACCACUGGAGCACACUCUCUUUCCGUCUCUGGGGCUGGAACUUGCUCGGGCUGAUCGCAAUCACAGCAUGGUCUUCCUGCUGCGCUGGCAUCAUGUUUGGCUUUUGUCAGUUGAUUGGCCAACUACGAGUUUCUGAAGACAUUGAAAUUAAAGGUCUUGAUGUCCCUAAGCACGGUGAACCAGCCUACCCCGUGGUGAGUUACGGUGAUGGAUGGGACACCGAAGAAGCGCUCGGCCCGGAGGGGUUCCUCGCCAAUUAUGGACGCGGAAAAAUCAAGAAGUCCGCGUCAUACGAGCCCGUGGAGACGGUCGCCAUGGUUAAACUAGACGAGAACGGAGCAAGUGCCGACAACGUCGAGCAAGGCCCAUAGAGAGAUAUGUGGACAAUUUAUAUAAUAGCAGAAAAGGGUGUUGAGUUAAAACGGAACGGAUGCGUCAUUCUAUAUUUUGUUCAAGGAUAUACUUUUAAUUUCUGUGUAUUAAAUUGAGAUUGAUUUUUG